AUGUGGCCCAACACGAAAACUAGGCUUGUGCGACCAAACUCCAAGGUCCGCCCUUUGCGCACGACCAUUUGUGGCUUUGUUUGUUCUGUCUUGGGCCAGCGCUUACCACAUUCUACUACGGCUCAUCCCUCAAGACCCUCCAACAGCGCCCGUCUUGCGAAUCGUCGUGUAUUGGUUGAGGCAAUGCAACUCAUUCUCAUACAUUCUCCCAAGUGCAGAGCACUUCUUUGUCUGCCUCAGCCUCUUACUUGCAUGUCGAUGCCCACUAAGGCAUGCCACAAAUCACCUCCAGCCAUCCGGGAAUUAUUGCAGCAGUACUCGUCUUCGUCAUUUUGCAUGGACAUGCUGUGCCCUCCCACUCUACACCACCACCACUACCUCUACCAGUGCGCAAUCCUACGCUUGUCCCAAUCCGGCACAAAUAUACAACCUACUCGUUCCAUCAGUGGCCAGCUACUCUAUCGUCUAGCCCAAGACAGGAUAGCCGAGGUGUGAUUGGGGAGAGGGUGAGGAAUGCCUUGCAUGCUCAUACUGACGCUUACCCCCAUGCUACCGUGACAUUUCCUCAUGAUCGCACCACGAUACCG